CAGAGAGCAGCUGAGAGGUUCUGCUUGUGCGUGUGCGUGUGAGUGAGUGUGCGCGGGGUGACGCCGCGCGCGCGCUCGGGGGAGAGAGAGAGGGAGUGUGUAUGUGAGUGUGUGAGUGUGUGCGCGCGUGAGAGAGAGAGAGAGAAAGGGCGAGAAAGAGAGAGAGAGAGAGAGGGACUCUGUGUGAGGGAAAGAAAACAAUUUCUCCUGCUCUGCAGCUUCUGUUCAGGUUUUGAUGCAACAUUCCUGCGUGUACUGAGGCUAAGACUGGAGUGAUGGGCAAGUCGUAUUGAAAAAUCCAUGGAUCAAUGUGACUCUAGAAACAAAUGGAUGAAUGAAUAUCCAUAUGAAGAGGAAAGCAAUCAAGAAUCUCAGCCCCUUUGAGAACAGAAUGCUAAUGCUUGAUGGGAUGCCGGCAGUCAGAGUCAAAACAGAGCUUCUGGAAUCUGAACAAGGGUCUCCAAACGUCCACAACUACCCCGAUAUGGAAGCUGUUCCCCUGUUGCUAAAUAAUGUGAAAGGGGAGCCCCCAGAGGACUCGUUACCUAUAGAUCAUUUCCAAACACAAACUGAGCCAGUGGACUUGUCCAUCAACAAAGCCAGAACGUCCCCCACUGCUGUAUCAUCCUCCCCUGUGUCCAUGACAGCAUCUGCCUCGUCACCCUCCUCAACUUCAACCUCUUCAUCGUCUUCCAGUCGUGCGGCCUCAUCCCCAACCGUCGUAACAUCAGUACCUUCGGCAUCACCUUCGUCCACAGUGUUAACUCCAGGACCUCUCGUUGCCUCUGCCUCGGGCGUGGGCGGCCAGCAGUUUUUGCACAUUAUUCAUCCUGUCCCGCCUUCGAGUCCCAUGAAUUUGCAGUCCAACAAACUGAGUCAUGUUCACCGCAUCCCUGUGGUGGUGCAGUCAGUGCCUGUUGUCUACACAGCUGUACGGUCACCCGGAAAUGUGAACAACACGAUCGUUGUGCCGCUCCUGGAGGAUGGGAGAAGCCAUGGCAAAGCACAAAUGGACCCCCGAGGCCUAUCUCCCAGACAAAGUAAAAGUGACAGUGACGAUGAUGACCUGCCAAAUGUGACCUUAGAUAGCGUUAAUGAGACUGGAUCCACGGCCCUUUCCAUAGCCAGAGCAGUCCAAGAGGUACACCCAUCCCCAGUGUCAAGGGUGCGGGGAAAUCGAAUGAAUAACCAGAAGUUUGCUUGUUCAAUCUCACCAUUUAGUAUUGAGAGCACAAGACGCCAGAGACGAUCGGAAUCCCCCGACUCCAGGAAACGGCGGAUCCACAGAUGCGAUUUUGAGGGGUGCAACAAAGUGUACACAAAAAGUUCUCACCUGAAGGCCCAUCGGAGGACACACACAGGAGAGAAACCCUACAAGUGCACGUGGGAAGGCUGCACCUGGAAGUUUGCCCGUUCGGAUGAACUGACGAGGCAUUACCGCAAACACACGGGAGUUAAGCCAUUCAAGUGCGCGGACUGUGACCGCAGCUUCUCCAGGUCAGACCACCUGGCGCUGCACCGCCGGAGGCACAUGCUGGUGUGAGGAACGCUCCCGUCCAGCCGGGCGGGGCGUCAGAGCUGGAUCUCUUAAGUGGCACCCAACUCAGCGGGGCUGAGUCCUUUCCACAGUGUUAACGCCAAGGACGCCGUGGGAUGGCCAUCCCACCGUGUGUCUGAAACCAGAUCAGGAACAAGAAGGACCCCUUCUUCUCCUUUCGGCCUGAAGGUAACCCCCAUCAUGACCCAAGAGUCGCCCGUGAUCACGCAGGCCUGGGAGCUCGGCGCCACUCCUCCGUGCUGAAGAGACAGACAUUGUAUUCCGUGCUGUGUCCUCUGCCGUUGAAAAGAUGUUUGUAGCUUGUACAUUUCCUGAGCUGUCAGACAUUUUGCUACCAAUCCCUUAAAGGUCAUCUGUACCGCAAAAUGAUGGCUAGAGCAAGACCUUUUACAUCUGGAUGAGUCUCCCCAUCACACACACACACACACACACACACACACACACACACACAUCACACACACAGAGAUACACACCCUAUCUUACAAAACUUUCAGUUCCCAAGAAAGCUAGAAAACCCAUGCACCUUGUUACCAGCAAGCAGUAGGAAGGAAGAGGCUGUUGGAGAGGUCCUGUUACCUGGAAAGAAAGCAGCCCCCACGGGAGAGAGAGCAGCUCUAGAUAGCACUCAGGACUUGUCUUCACGCCAAUGCCCUGAAGGAAACCAACAUCAACUUUUUCAUUUGUGUGUCCUUGCUUGUUUUUGUUGUGUUUAUUUUUGUUGUUGUUGUGGUUCAUCUGUUUGAGCAGGGGGCAGUGCCAUUUCAAUCAAGUCUAGCCCUGGUCUCUGCCCUGGCAUGGACUGGCAGAAGCGUCCUGUAGUUGAAUAGGAAGAGCCUGUCUUAAACAAAAAAAAAACAAAAACAAAAGCAAAAAAACCUACUGCC